CUUUUUUGCAGCAGCAGCUCCUGGUGGUUCAGCAGCAGCUCCUGGUGGUUUAUUGGCGAUUUCUCCUGGUGGUUUAUCGGUGAUUUCUUCUGGUGUUUAUCGGCGAUUUCUCCUGGUGAUUCAUCAACAUCAACCGUCAAUAAUAAUUCAAGACCAUCGAUAUCACCUGCAAGUUCACUUGCGAGUGAAAUCAUUGAACUUGCCCGUUUAA